CGUCCCUCCCCCAGCAAGCCAUCUGGGUUUGGACGGAUGGGUCGGCGGAUGCGGGAGUCCGCAGCGGAGGAGCAGGAGCCUUUGUGGAGUGGCCGGACGGUGCAACCGACGAGCUACGCGUCCCUGCCGGUCAACUCUGCUCGAGCUUCAGGGCGGAGAUGGUCACACUCCGCGCGGCCCUGAACCACCUGCGCGACCACCCGCACCAGCCGAGCGCGCCGAUCACCAUCUGCUCGGAUUCGCAGUCGGCCCUCGCGACGCUGAGAGAGGGCCCGGCGUCCCAGAAGACCCUGCUAGGAGCCGCCAUCUGGACCGAACUAGCGGCCCUGGCCGGUCCGUCCCGCCGGAUCCACCUACAGUGGGUGCCGUCCCAUUGCGGCGUCGACGAAAACGAGCGCGCCGACCAGAUCGCCAAGGAGGCGACCGCGCUCCCCCAGACUGGCCCGCGACCGCACCAUCGCCGCCUGGCCGGAGGGCUGGUACCGGACCCUGAUGGAGAACCGGCUGCCGCCGCCGGCCGCGACGGGGGACAGAUCGUCGGCCGUCGACGUCCACCAGCUCCGCGCGGGCCACUGGUCAGGAUCCCGCCAAUACCUCCACCGGAUUGA